CAAUAAUUAUUUUGUAUUAUAAAAAUAAUUUCUUUUUUCGUUAAUUAACAUUUUUGUCAAUUGAAAUAUAUUUCAAAAUGAACAAUGUUAUCAAUAAUCUAAAUUAUGAUUUUAACAUACUUUUGCAUCAAUUUGAAAAUUCACUACAUGAUCGACUAAAUAAUUCAGAUAAACGUCUUGCAAUCGCCUGGAUUAAUAAACUUAAAUCUGAAUCAAGUUCUAUUGAAGAAGCUUAUUUACGGAAUGAUUUUCUAUACUAUUUGGUACAAUCAGUUGAAGUUGGUUGCUUAAAACCACCUUUCGAUCAAAAACCACCAAAUGGGCGAAUUCUUAGUUUGAAGAAUGUUCUACCUGUAAAUAUCAAGGCAAAAUUGGAAAAUGCACCAAAACCAUCACAACCGAGACCAGAAAUAUUUGAACGUUCACCCGAUAAAGGUGCAUUCUUAGCAGCUCAACCAGUACCAAGAAGUGGAGCUUUUUGUUAUUUAGCAAUUGUCAGCAAAGAGAAAAAUUAAUAAAAUUCAAUAAGUUUAAAAAAGCCUAA